AUGUCAGCCAGUGAAGCAGUAUCUUCCAAAAUGGUUCUGUGCUGGAAAGGCAGCUGUGAGAUCAAUGCAAUCAAACUGAGACCUGCUGACUAUGGAAAUUUGGACCAUGAAAAGGUGUCUGUAGAGGAUCGCCUUAAACAGUUACAGGAGGCACACCGAGAUUUUGGGCCUGCAUCACAGCACUUUCUUUCCACCUCAGUACAGUUUCCAUGGCAGAGAUCUGUUUCACAUAACAAAGUGCCCUAUUAUAUCAAUCAUGAGACACAGACAACCUGUUGGGAUCAUCCUAGAAUGACUGAUCUCUUCCAAUCCUUAGCUGACCUGAACAACGUACGCUUCUCUGCCUACCGUACAGCCAUCAAAAUCCGAAGACUGCAGAAAGCACUGUGCUUGGACCUGUUAGACCUGAGUACAACAAGUGAAGUUUUCAAACAGCACAAGUUGAGUCAAAAUGACCAGCUGAUUGGUGUCCAGGAUGUGAUCAGCUGUCUCACUACUAUCUACAGUGGGCUUGAAGAGAAACACAAAGAUAUGGUGAAUGUUCCUCUCUGUGUAGACAUGUGUCUUAACUGGCUACUCAAUGUAUACGAUAGUGGCCGAACUGGAAAAAUUCGAGUGCAGUCCCUGAAAAUUGGCUUGAUCUCUCUCUCUAAGGGCCUUCUGGAAGAGAAGUACAGAUAUCUCUUCAAGGAGGUGGCAGGCCCCACCGAAAUGUGUGACCAGAGGCAGCUGGGCCUGCUGCUUCAUGAUGCUAUCCAGAUCCCACGGCAGCUUGGGGAAGUGGCAGCCUUCGGUGGCAGCAACAUUGAACCCAGCGUGCGCAGCUGUUUCCAACAGAAUCACAAUAAACCAGAAAUAACUGUAAAGCAAUUUAUAGAUUGGAUGCGCUUAGAGCCACAGUCUAUGGUAUGGCUACCAGUUCUACACCGCGUGGCAGCUUCAGAAACAGCAAAACAUCAGGCCAAGUGCAACAUCUGUAAAGAGUGUCCCAUUGUUGGCUUUAGGUACCGGAGCUUAAAACAUUUCAACUAUGACGUCUGUCAGAGCUGUUUCUUUUCUGGCCGUACAGCAAAGGGACACAAAUUGCAUUACCCAAUGGUGGAGUACUGUAUACCUACAACAUCUGGGGAAGAUGUACGGGACUUCACGAAAGUGUUGAAGAAUAAGUUCCGGUCAAAGAAGUAUUUUGCAAAGCAUCCCCGACUUGGCUACCUACCUGUGCAGACAGUAUUGGAGGGUGACAACCUGGAGACUCCUAUCACUCUCAUCAGUAUGUGGCCAGAGCAAUAUGAUCCUUCCCAGUCUCCACAGCUGUUUCAUGAUGACACACACUCCAGGAUAGAGCAGUAUGCUACUAG